UUUGUCUCCGUAGUAGCUUUGUAUUUGUCUGCCAUUUUUUUUGUGUCUCCUUUUAGUCAUUAUGUGUCUCUUUGUGGCUUUUUUCGUCUCUAGUAUUCAUGUAGUGUCUCUGCGGCUGUUUUUGGUCUCAUUACAGUAGUUUUGCUGUAAUUUUUGUCUCUUUGUAGACGUUAUGACUCCUUUUGACACUUUUUCAGGUCUUUGGUAUAGAGUCGUGAACUCACUGUACAGUUAAUUCAUGUGUCUGAGUGACAACCUAUGGUGACAACAGGUGUUACACCGCAUUCUGCAAUCAAAAUGUGUAAUUUCCUCUGUAUCUCUGAGGUCCAAUUUCUUUCUUCACCGCUGUCAAAAUUUACGGUCUUUUCUUAAUGCUGUGGUGGCACCAUGUGUGGUAACAACAGCUACAAAAAUUACGAAAGUAUAAAAUAAAUGUCCGAAGUAGUAAUAGGUCAUCGAAUUUACCAUAACACCGGAAACGACGUCUGUGCUAUUUUUUUUAACGCGAGAACAGUGAACGGGAUUUGCGUGGCCGGGGUUUUCAUUCAUUAUUUCGAGCAGGUUGGAAGAUGGCCACCACUGAUGUACGGCUUAACCAUACAAUCUACAUCAACAACUUGAAUGAGAAAAUCAAGAAAGAUGAGUUGAAAAAGUCUCUGUACGCCAUUUUCUCGCAGUUCGGACAGAUUUUGGACAUCUUGGUCGCACGAAACCUGAAGAUGAAGGGCCAGGCCUUUGUAAUCUUCAAAGAGAUAAACAGCGCGUCCAAUGCUCUGAGAUCCAUGCAGGGAUUCCCUUUCUAUGACAAACCCAUGCGUAUCCAGUAUGCCAAGCAGGACUCGGAUAUCAUAGCUAAAAUGAAGGGCACUUAUGUGGAGCGUGACCGUAAAAAAGAGAAGAAGAAGACCAAAGGACCUGAUGCUGCAGGAGCUAAGAAAGGUGUGCCAGGAGCUGCUGCACCCAUGGUUGCUGGGGUACCUGCUGCCAUGCCUGGUAUGCCUCCCAUGAGCCAAGCUCCCCGCAUGAUGCACAUGCCAGGCCAGCCGCCUUACAUGCCCCCUCCAGGGAUGAUGCCUCCUCCAGGGAUGGCACCUGGUCAGAUGCCCCCUGGGGCCAUGCCUCCUGGUCAGAUGAUGCCCGGACAAAUGCCUGGACAAAUGCCUCAACAGGUUGCAGAAAAUCCUCCCAAUCACAUCCUCUUCCUCACCAACCUACCAGAGGAGACAAACGAACUUAUGCUCUCCAUGCUCUUCAACCAGUUUCCUGGGUUCAAGGAGGUUCGUCUGGUCCCUGGUCGCCACGACAUCGCCUUUGUGGAGUUUGAGAAUGAAGUGCAGGCCGGUGCUGCACGAGAUGCACUACAAGGCUUUAAGAUCACACAAACAAAUGCCAUGAAGAUCUCAUUCGCUAAGAAGUAACACCUCUCAGGACCGGCCAUUUUCUUACAUCCGCGUGCACACACACAUACACACACAAACACUCGUCUUUUUUUUUUUUAAAUGAACAGCAGUGACCCGAAGUAAGAACCAGUUUUAUAUACAGUUGCUGAUAAGUGCUGCACGGGUGGUGGAUUUUUUUCUUUCUUCCAGGAUUACAUGUAAGUAUACUUUAUUUCCAUCAAGUUGCUGUGUUUUUAUUGUGCUACAGAACUCUUGACUUGAAAUAAUGGUCAAGUACAUCCAUGAAAAUUAGGAUAAUGAAUUUCACAAAUGUAUUAGUUAUAUAUCUGUUGUAGUUUAUACCUGAAUCCACAAGCAACUUGAUGUAUGAAGUUUUUUUUUUUUAACUGUUUGUCAUAAAGCAUUGCACCCAGAGUCUGGUCUACCAGACAUUGUACCUGGAGCUUUUUCCUUUUUAUAAUUAAAAUGUUUCUUGAAGACUGUG